AAUAAAACAAGCAAAAAGUUUCACAAGCAUUUAUUGUAAUAUGUUGUUUUUCUGCCGGUCUUGGGACGUUUUGACUGACAAUUUAUACUUCCGAUUUCGGAUAUUUGAAGAAUUGUUUUGAUUGUCAAUGACUUUACAAGGAUACAUUGACGUCUCCUGCAUCGCAUGACUGGCAGGGCAAGGGGCAAGGCAAGAGGACGAGCCCGAGGCACGACAGAUGAUGCAUCACAGAGGCCAGGGGAAACUGCUGCACCACCUCCACAACAGGUUGUGCCACAAGUUAUUCCGCCUGACAGUGGUAAUGGAAAUGGGGGUCCUCCACCAGCCAGCGGCCGGGCCUCAUACAGGGGUGGAGCCAGGGAGUCCAAGCCGGGCAUGGCAGGUGGGGAAGGGAUGAGAGCACCAGCAGACGAGAUGGCCAGACUCUCCAUGGGUGGGGGCGAUGGCAGGGGAGACCGGCGCAGGACGUAUGGAGAGGAGCCACGUACUAGGCCUGCACACAUCACUGAUAAGAGUGGCACAUCAGGGCAGCCAAUCCCACUGAAGACCAACUAUUUUGGCCUAGAGCAGGCCCCUGACUGGCACCUGUAUCAGUACCAUGUAGACUACAAUCCAGAUAUUGAAUUCAAGAAAACGCGUAUUGGUCUCCUCUACCAUCAUGAAGAGCUGUUGGGCAAGACCAAGGCUUUUGAUGGCAUGACGCUCUACCUGCCACACAAACUGCAGGACAAUGUGACCGAAGUUUUCUCAGAGAGAAGGUCGGACAGCGCCAAGGUAAAGAUCACCAUCAAACUGACAAAUGAGCUGCCUCCAAACUCCCCUCAGUGUAUCCAGGUCUACAACAUUAUCUUUAGGAGAGUCUUAGCAGCCAUUGAGAUGCAGCAGAUUGGUAGGAACUACUACAACCCAGCCCAGCAAGUGACCAUCCCUCAACACAAGUUGUGUGUGAUGCCAGGAUUCGUCACAUCCAUUCUGCAGUAUGAGUCAAACGUGCUGCUGAACUGUGAUAUCUCCCAUAAGAUCCUGCGUAGUGACACUGUCCUAGACAUCAUGUACGACAUGUAUGCCCGCAUGGGGGAUAACUUCUACGACGCAUGCACAAGAAAACUGGUCGGCACCAUCAUCAUGACCAGGUACAACAAUAAGACGUACCGAGUGGAUGACAUUUGCUGGGACAUGCAUCCUACGGACUCGUUCGAAUUGAGGGACAAGUCCAAAAUAACAUACAAGGAGUAUUAUCAGAAGCAUUAUGAGCUGAACAUAGCAGAUGACCAGCAGCCUUUGCUUGUAUCCAAGCCCAAGCCUAAGGACAUCCGGCGAGGCAUGAAGGAGAAUCUGUACUUUAUUCCAGAACUCUGCACUCUCACAGGUUUGUCUGAUGAUGCGAGGGCGGACUUCACUGUCAUGAAGGAUGUUGCUGUACACACAAGGGUGGCCCCAUCUAGCAGGGAACAGACCCUCACAGGGUUCAUCUCACAGAUCAACAGAAACGAGAAGGUUCGUGUAGAAAUGGGUGGCUGGGGCCUCAAGUUCACUGACAGUUUGGUCACACUGAGUGCUCGUGUGAUGCCCCAGGAGAAGAUAUUCCAGCAGAAUGGAGAGCUGAACUACAAGCAGGAGGAUGCGGACUGGAGCAGGGACAUGAGAGGGAAGCGAUUGAUCACCCCCGUGAACCUGCAGAACUGGGUUGUCAUCUUCUUCCGUCGUAACAACCAGCAGGCCCAGGAGUUUGUGCAGACUCUGUCCCGCGUUGGCCCACCGAUGGGCAUGAUGAUCAACAACCCACAACCAGUGGAGUUACAGGAUGACAGAAAUGAUUCUUACCUGACUGCUCUGCGACAGAACAUUGGACCCCAGACGCAGAUGGUCAUGUGUAUUGUGCCAACAAACAAGAAAGACAGAUAUGAUGCAAUCAAGAAAUUCACCUGUGUUGACCAUCCAGUUCCGAGCCAGGUGAUUGUAUCUAGGACCCUUAGCAAGAAGCAGAUGAUGAUGUCUGUGGCGACCAAGGUGGCCAUUCAGCUCAACUGCAAAAUGGGUGGAGAGGUCUGGGCUCUGGAAAUCCCAUUGAAAAACAUGAUGGUUGUGGGGAUUGACAGCUACCAUGACUCUGCGAAGAAAGGACGGUCAGUGGGUGGGGUAAUCGCCUCCAUGAACCAGGCUCUCACACGUUACUACUCUCGCUGCACAUUCCAACACUCCAUGCAGGAGCUUCUCGAUGGCCUUAAAGUGUGCUUCAAGGGCGCGCUGGAGAAGUUCCAUGAGGUGAACAACUGUCUCCCUGAGCGUAUCAUCGUGUUCCGUGACGGUGUCGGUGAUGGCCAGCUGCCCACGGUGUAUGAACACGAGGUACCACAGAUGCUGGAUGCAUUCAAGGCUGCUGGUGGACAGAACUACAACCCACGUGUAGGUGUGGUGGUGGUUAAGAAGAGGAUCAACUCCCGAUUCUUCGCCCGGGCCGGUCAGGGUCUGGGAAACCCUCCACCAGGCACAGUGAUAGACAACACAGUCACCAAACCAGAAUGGUACGACUUCUUCCUGGUAUCCCAGUGUGUUCGCCAGGGUACUGUGACACCGACCCACUACAACAUCAUUCACGACAACACUGGCCUCAAACCCGACCAUAUGCAGAGGCUUACAUACAAGCUGUGCCAUCUGUACUACAACUGGCCGGGCACCAUCAGAGUACCAGCCCCAUGCCAGUAUGCACACAAGCUGGCCUUCUUGGUUGGACAGAGCAUCCACAAAGAUCCGGCACUGGAGUUGUCCGACAAGCUGUAUUUCUUGUAGAGCGGAAAGAAGUUCCAUUCUCAGGGGUAGCCAUCUCCACCAUAAGUGUUCAGACAUUGUAUGAUCAAACAUGUGUCCAGUGGGUUUGGUGUGUUUAACUUUCAUUUAUAUGGAUGACUGUUAAAAUUUGUCACAUGUUUUAGCAAUAUUUUAGAGCGUUCAGUAGUUCUUAUCUUUUAUGAGAUUACACCAUAUGGUGUGUAUGCUGUUUUUUGUGAACUUUUUUGCAAUGUACAUAAUAAGUAUUUUUAAGUUUUCAAGCUGAGCUCAAAUUUGUGUGAACUUAAUCAUGUACAUAUUUGAUUAUCUUAACCGUGGCAUUUUCAUAAGUUUUCAAGCUAAGCUCAAAGAUUUUUCAACUUAGAACUUACUAGUCAUCUUAAUUUUUAAAGUGUUCUUUUUUAUUUUUCGAUGAUAAUUCCACUUUACUAAUUUUAGUGCUUUAGAAUAUUUAGAACAUGGGUUCUAUAAAAUAACUUAACUCGAGAUCGAGAUCUUUAAACUUUGGACUAUUUUACAGUAUUAACAAACUGAAGAAAGUGCCUUGAAAUGAAUAUAAAUUCCUUUGGAAAAUAUUCAAAGGAGGUUAAGCUUCUUUAUCAUGCUUUUGGGCAUGAAUUCCUUGCACUCCAGACCCUCAGCUAUUUUGUAUGCUGACAAAUAUCAGUUAUUAGAACCCUUGGAAGCAGCGAAUUUAAAUUCUUAAUUUGUGACUUGAAAAGUUGUGGUGAAGUAUCCAUUUUGAUCUCAGACACUGUUUAUAUGUGACUUUGUUUAAAAAAUUUGAUAUUGACGGUGUUAUCAUGUAUGGGAGUGUUUUGUAAAGUGUUACAGUUUUUGUUUUGUUUUUAUUCAAAAUUCAAAUGUUACUUUAACUUUGUUUCUCUUAAAUAAUCAGGUGUUUUAGUCCAGUUGUACUCUGUAUUUGAGACAAGAAAGACAUAAAUGUGUAAAUAGUGUAUAUAGAGUUAAAAGGGAAAGUGUUGAUUGUUGAGAAUAAAAAAAAACUUAGUGCUGUGAAUGAUUGUGAUCAUAAAACUUUAAAAAUUCAAUACUUUUACAGAAAGAAAUUGUUAAAGUCAAAAGUAAUAAUUUGACAUUGAUGUAAACGCUAGAAGUGGCUUCUGUUGGUUUAAUGGAAGUAUUGGUAAUCGUGAAGAAUAAAUCAUUUGGAUCCAUUAUUUUGAAUGAAUAUGUGGUUAUGAAUACAUUUAAAAAUACCCGACUUUUAAAGAAGAAAUUGUUAAAAUAAAUGUCAACUAUUCAAAUUGAUGUAUGGACUGUUGGCAGCAACUCGUGGGAGUGUAUAUAAUUUAUCAAAUAUUUUAGUUCAAUGUUUAUUUCCUUAUUUUGUACUCAUGUUAUGAAAAGAGCAAUAAAACUUUCGAAGCACA